UAAGUAGAGUUUCAUUCACCAUACUGAGUCAGUAGAUUUUUGGUCAGUUUGAUAGUUGAACAUUCCUAACUGCACACUUCACAGAUAUUUAAUUAAUGGCUUUGUUACUACAGCUUCUUGUUGUCUUUGUGGCAUUUGCAAGUUUCACUGAAGGAGCUGGUUUGUUGCCUGAUGGUCUGAAUGCAGCUGUAGGAGAAACGGCGAUGUUCACUACAACACUGUCUCCAACAGAGAAACCGUUUCAAUCUGUGAACUGGGCUUUUAAUUUCUCUAAGACUAUAAUAAUCGUAACUAACUCAGAAAACACUAUUGGACCUGAGUAUGAAGGCAGGAUCACUUUCUUCCCAUCUACUGCGUCUUUGGAGUUCAGGAGUCUCACUCUGAAUGACACUGGAGAAUACGCUGUUAGCAUUGCACAGGAUGGAAAGAUCCAGAAUGGCCGUACUACUCUGGUGAUAUACGAGAAAGUCUCCAAUGUGUCAGUAACUUCCAGCAGCACAGACCUGGUUGAGUUCAGUGGUUCUGUCUCUCUGUCCUGCUCUGCCUCUGGAUCCUCUCUCUCUUUCCUCUGGUUGAACGGCAGCUCUGAGGUUACAGCAAGUGACAGAGUUCAGCUCACUGAUGGAGGCUCCAGUCUGACUAUAAUCAAUGUGACCCGCUUUGACCAGGGACCAUUCAGGUGUAGUGUGUCCAGUCCUGUCAGUACUGGUACCAGUGAUCCAGUAAACCUCUCCAUCAGCUAUGGUCCAGAAAAUAUAAAUUUGAUCUUAUCUCCACCACAAGGAUACUUUGCUGUGGGGUCAGACAUCAGCCUCACCUGCUCAGUUGGAUCCAGACCUCCUGCCCAGUUUAACUGGUUUCUGAAUGGAGAUCAGCUGCCUGAUACUGGAUCAGAGCUCAGACUGAUGAAUGUACAUAUGAGUCAGAGUGGAAACUACAGCUGUCAGGCCUUUAACAGCAAAACUCUGAGAUCUCAAACAUCUCAGCCUUCAGCCAUCACUGUACUGGAGAAAAUAUCAGCUGCUUCUGUCAAACCAUCAACAAACCUGCCAGUUGAGGGAACCUCUGUCAGUUUAACCUGUGAGGCUUCUGGCUCAGUCUUUACAAGAAACUGGAUGAAGGAUGGCUCAGAUCUGACCCCGACUGACAACAUGACCCUUUCUGACAAUAACAGAGUGUUGACCUUUAACACUGUGAAUAGGAAAGACAAUGGAGAAUAUUUCUGCCAAAUCAGCAACCCCAUAAGCAGUGAUGGAGCUAAAUACGUCAUGACUGUUAAUUAUGGACCAGAAAAUGUUCAAAUCAAAGGUCCAAAUAAGAUAAAUAUCAAAGGCACCUUAAAACUGAUCUGCUCUGCUGAAUCCACACCAUCUGCCAGAUUCACCUGGUUCUUAAAUGGGACAGAAGUACUCACCAAUUCAGCUGAGUACAAUAAAGAAGAGGUUGAAUUUUCUGACAGUGGCAACUACACCUGUCAAGCAUGGAAUAAUAUAACUGAGAGAACAUCAUCAUCAGUGGUGCAGGGACUGAUUGUAACAGAUCAACCAUCAGGAUGUGCUGCUGGUUGCAUCGCUGGAAUAGUAAUCGCAUGUUGUGUCAUCUUCGCUGCAGCAGUUGGUGGAGGGUACUACAUUUAUAAGAAAAAAUUCAACAAAAAUCCUCAGAAACAAAAUACAGAACAAGAAGAAAAUAUGUAUGAGAACAUUUCCAUUACAAGAAAAUAACAAAUAUAAACUCAGUGAUGACCUUCCCUUUUCAAGAUUUUUAGAAGUCUUCACCUGCUGCAGACAAUUAACGUUAUAAUCUUUGUUGGUUUGAUAUCAUAUAAUGUUAAACAAGAUGUGUUAAGAUGUUUUAACUAAUAGAUUAUUAUUCUCCAUGUAAAAUAAAUAUUAAUACUUUCUCUGUAAUAAAUUUUCUAAUAUUUGCUACUUUAUUUUAAAUAUAUA